AUGGCUUCCAAAGAUUACGCGGAAACCGACUUCGACCCAGAAUAUUACCCUGACUUGCAGCAAUUCACACGGAAUCGAUCAGAACGACUGGAGGCCAUAAAAGCUGCGCCAGUGUUAUCAGAAGAAUUACAGCUCAGCAUCAAUCUCGGAAUGAGAUGGGAUGGCGCCGAUCUCGAUCCAAACACGUAUACGUGGGAGAUAUCAAGCUUGGAAUUGGAUGAAAUUGAUAAAUGUUGCGCUGAGUACACCUGUGAGUUCACCUAUAGUUGA